UGUGUGGGUGCGCGCGUGUGUGUGUGACAGAGGCGAGUUCAUGGCCCUAGUGUACAGAGAACAGCUCUCUCAGAACACGGAGCAAUAAAAGCGAUACCGGGAGUGACAGCCUGUAUUUGUGGAUUUUUUGCGUCUUUAAGUGUGAAGCGCGCUGAAGACCUCAACAAGUUUGUCUCACAGAAAACCGACCGGAAACUGGACACUUAUUGUUUUUUUGUUGUUGUUUUUUGUUUGUUUGUUUAAGCGCGCGCGAUUUUAAUAUUUCAUUUAACGGGACUUUUGGUUUGAGAAGUGAUUCACUGAAUGAGCAAUGUUCAGCAUGGCUCUAGAUUUAAUCACUCAACAUCGCUGAGGAGGUGGAGACGGGAAACCUAUAAAAACCUGAAGAAAUCUGACUUUGAAUAAUCAGAGAAAUUGGACAUGGAGGAGAAACUGCGCAUUUUGGAGGAUCUGAACAUGCUGUACAUCCGACAAAUUGCCCUCAGUUUGCAGGAUAGUGACAUCCAGAAGAAGAUUGACCAUGAGAUCCGGAUGCGAGAGGGAGCAUGUAAACUCCUGGCUGCUUGUUCACAGAGGGAUCAGGCACUGGAGGCCUCUAAGAGUCUUCUCACCUGCAACUCUCGCAUCAUGGCGUACAUGUCAGAGCUGCAGCGCAUGAAAGAAGCGCAGGUCAUGCAGCGGGUGGCACGGAGGUCAUCAGAUGCAGGACCGAUGGAUGAUCGAUCUCCAUGUAAAGGCAAAGUUGCCAUCUCAGAUCUUCGGAUCCCUUUGAUGUGGAAAGACACAGAGUACUUUAAAAACAAAGGAGAGCUACACCGCUCUGCUGUGUUCUGUCUCCUGCAGUUAGGAGGGGAGAUCUUUGACACAGACAUGGUGAUGGUAGACAGAACUCUCACAGACAUUUGCUUUGACAACACCAUCGUUUUUAAUGAAGCAAGCCCAGGUUUUGAGCUGAGGUUAGAGCUGUACAGCUGCUGUACAGAGGAUGAUUACUCAGCAGGCAGUACACCACGCAAGCUGGCCAGCAAGCUGAGCUCCUCUCUGGGCCGCUCAUCUGGGAAAAAGAUGCGUUCGACACUAGAGCCCGGAGCCUGUAGUCCCAUCAGCAACGGGGGCAACGCACAACUGCUGCUUCCUGUACCACCUGUGCCAGGACCCAAGUACCACCUCCUGGCUCACACCACUCUCACACUCUCCCAUGUUCAGGACAGCUUUCGCACGCACGACCUCACCAUAACUGGCAACGAAGAGUGUUCAUACUGGUUGCCGCUGUAUGGCAGCGUCUGUUGUCGUCUGGCUGCUCAGCCAAACUGUAUGACACAGCAGAUGAUGAGUGGCUGCCUCAGGGUCAAGCUCGGUGGAGAUCCUCAAGGAUGGACGAACGUUUACGGUGUCCUAAAAGGGACAAAUCUUUUCUGUUACCACCGACAAGAAGACAUGGAGGCCAACGUGGAGCCCUUAUUAACAAUCAGCAUUAACAAAGAGACGAGAAUUCGAGCAGCCGAAAGAGACCCCCAUAGCAAAGCUCAGAGUAUCUGCAUCAGUAACCAGUAUGGAGGAGAGGAGGUCACACACACACUGGUGACGGACUGUCGAGAGGACACACAGCGCUGGAUGGAGGCCUUCUGGCAGCAGUUCUUUGACAUGAGCCAGUGGAAGCAGUGCUGUGACGAGCUGAUGAAGAUUGACCUGCCCUCACCACGCAGACCUGCUCUGGUUACAGCCAAACAGGGAUCUCUCUACCAUGAAAUGGUUAUUGACACAUCUGAUGACAUCAGUGCUGUUACCGACAUUCUGACGAGGCGCAUUGAGCAGUUUGAAUUUCAGACCCCACCUCACUGGAUGUCCUUAUUUAAGGAAGAGCCUCCAGGCAGCCCUCAAAACCCCCGGCAACACUCACCACACCACUCCCCCAGUCCCCGCUGUCACCGCUCUCGUGCUCUACUCUCCUCUGAUGCCAGCCUUGCCUCAGACAGCUCCAGCCCCUGCAGUUCAAGUCCCUGCUCACCCCACUACCUCGCCUCCAACCGUUUCCGCCCUCGUACACUUUCCUUGGAUGCCAAGCUGUCCACACUGCGAGGAAGAAACUACGGGGGCCUCCACUGUUCGUGCCAACCUCCACCAUCCAGCCAGUUCCAUCAGCAGGCUGCACCUCUUUCCUGCUCCAGCUCCACUUCCAGUAACAGCUCAAGUGAAGGGAGCAACAGCCCAGAAUCAGAUCUCGCCUUUUCGCGACCUUCUGGGGCACGCCGAAGCCUGAGGAACCUCAGAGCAAAGCUAGACCCCAGAAACUGGCUACAGAGUCACGUUUAGUUUCCACCUCACAAAAACGACCUGCUUCUAAAAGAAAGGAUCACAACCAUUCUGUUCUUAAAUGUAACCCCUGCAUUGUCCAUGAGAAAGCUGUCCAGUGUGUCCUCAGUGUGGCUCUCACUUCAGGGAUGGUGAUGGACAAUGACUGACUAGUUAAUGGGAGAUUUCCUGUGAAUGGAUUCAGCACCGUGUUGUUGAAUAGUUAUUCAUAUUUAUACAUGGUUCACUGUCAGGAUAUGCAGUUUAUGUAAUAGAAAAAUCCCAUGAUUCUUAGUCAAACUAGAGUACAGUAUUUCUAACUGAAAAGGCAUGACCAAGAAUCAGUCCGUGACUCCAGUCUCUUUCAAACUGGACUAACAAUCUAACAGUCAGUUGCAGCAGUUGAGUAUAAAUCCAGUCAUAAUAUAGUGCAUACUCAGCAGCCACUACAUUGACAUUUACAAGCUACUGAAAAUUUGCUAUACUGAAAAUAAGCUAUGAAAACCGUUUCAGAGCUCUAAAUGUAUAGCUACGUUUUUAUAUGUGCAUAAUAAAAUCUGUUCAAAAUGUUCAUUUUCUAUUAUUUAAUUAUAUGCACAUUAAAUUAGCACCAAUGUUUUUAGUGUCUUUUGCCACAAUUCUGUUUGUUUGCUAGCCAGUUAAUGUGACAAGUGACAGAAUGAUCCAGCCAACAGCAGUGAUGUGGUCCCAAGCUGAUAAUGAUGAAGUUCUAGAUGAUUAACACAUUGAGCUCAAAUCUCAACAUGUUCAAAGUGCAGCAAACUGUUUAAAGCCGACACUGGUGCUGUGCCUAAUAUCCAGGUUUACACCAUGUCUGUGUAAUUGCUGUGCUGAGAAUUGUCCAUCAGUGAGCAAUGGUCCUCUGGUGGUCACUGAGAAGAGGAAAACUGACAAAUGUUGAAUAUAUAUAAACCGUCACUAGUCAACUAAUCCUACUAGUUAUGAUGCACCUUAAGAAAUUCCUUGUGGUUGGGUUGGUGGUACCCUUAACUAUAUAUUUUUAGAAAAUAUCUAAGGUACAUGUUAUGUACAAAGGGUAUAUGCUUGAGGGUAUAAUGUCAGCAACUUGUGAUGGUUUAGUAUAUUAUACUUUUUCCCCCUCAGUGUGUGCACCACAUAUCCAAUGCGCCACAUGACCAACAUGUUUCACUUGGAUGAUAGUAUGUUUCACAUUAUCUGCUUUAGUAAUUAAGAAUUAAAAAUCAGGGUCGAGAGGUCUGUUACGAGAAGGCCACGUUGUAAUGUAAUGUAAUCAGCUCUCAUAAUGUUACAUGCUGAUGUAAUGAUGGUGCUUCCCAUUGCAGAAAUAAAAUGUAUUAGGAGUUGUAACAGUA